AUGGUGACAGGUGCCGAGGCCGCAGAGUUUGCCGGGUGCUACGCGGAGAUGGAUGCCGAGAACCUGCAGCUGCCCCUGGAGAUGAUGUCCGGGUCCGGCCAGGGCCUGAGCCCGGAGCAGAGCGCCGCCCUGCGGACCUCCCUGCUCCUGCUGCGGAGAGACAUGCAGCUCAGCCGGGUGCUUCUCUGGGGCAAGAUCCUGGGCGUCCGGGGGGAUUACUUCAUAGCCCAGGGCAUCGAGGGCCUCGAGCAGCUGCGGGGCAGGAAGACCUUCUACAGUCUGAAUUGCGUGGAUUGGUGUCUCCUGCCCCCCGCCACGGCCGGAAUCAUCGCAGAGACCCAGGGGGUCCGGGGCCGCUUCGUGGGAGACCCCUCGCACGAGUACGAGUACACCGUCCGCAGGAAGGCGGGGGACGGAGAUGCCGCCUACGAGGAGGAAGUAACGAUGCACGUUAAGGAAGAGUCGCGUCUCGUCGCCACCAUCGCGCUGAUCGACAAGGAGGCCGCUGUGGUCCCGCGGGGGGCUUUCGUUAAGAGCCCCCUGGGAGAGGUCAGGAUCAAUCACUGUUUCCGAGGGCUGACAGCGAGUGAAGCCAAAAAGCUGAGCUCCUUCUUCCACUUCACGCCGACCACGAGCCCCCCGACAAAGUCUCUGCUGGAGAAAGCGGAUCUCACCCCAUCCAUGGACUUCCUCGACUCGCUGGAGCACGACGUCCCCAGAGGUUCGUGGAGUCUGCAGUCGGAGCGGGGAAGCAGCGUGACGAUCCUGCGCAGCCUGCUGUGGUUAGGAAUGACUUUCUAUCACGUCCCUCUGACCCCGCAGCACGGCUACCUCUACGUCGGCACCGGCGAGCGCAACAUCGACUUGCCGUUCAUGAUCUGAGCGGCCCACGUGUUUCACGGGCCGGGGGUCACCGGCGCUCUGCGGGAUCCGGGAACGGAAGAGAUUUCACGAGUUUGAUCUCUGUGAGAAUCCACAGGAUUCAGGAUGCAGACGUCACCCAGGCAACGGGGCGAGACGCCGAUAAACGCAGAGCCUCCACCAACACGUUAAAUAUCUAAAUAUAUAUAUAUAGACGGACGGACUGACGGACAGAGCGCCUUCUACCCCGUUAUGUA